AUGGCUAAUGCGAGCCCCUGCAUGCCCUCAGGGGCAAUGUCCCAGGUGUUCUUCCCUCCUAUAGGGGCCUCUCCACCCGGCUCAGCGGUGAUGCAGCAGGGGACCCCUAUAUCCAUGCCCUCUAUGCCUCCUCAGACUCCUUUUCCAGUGAUGGACCUCACAGCAGGACACAUUCCUGGUGGGAUGAUGCCCUCAAUGGUUCCUACUCCAGCCGGUGUCUCCUUCAUCAUCCAGAUUGGUCUGACCAGGGAAUCUGUUCUUUUGCCCCAGACUGCUGAUCUGGCUUAUGUGAAACAAAUUGCCUGCUCCAUUGUUGACACCAAGUUCCCUGAAUGUGGAUUUUAUGGCAUUUAUGACAAGAUUCUGCUGUUCAAGCAUGACACAACCACCAACAACAUCCUCCAAAUGGUUAAAUCUACAAGUGACAUUCAGGAGGGAGAUUUGGUGGAAGUGGUGCUUUCAGCGGCAGCAACAUUUGAGGAUUUCCAGAUUCGGCCCCAUGCACUCAAUGUGCACUCUUACAGAGCCCCGGCCUUCUGUGAUCACUGUGGAGAGAUGUUGUUUGGACUGGUCAGACAAGGCCUGAAGUGUGACGGAUGUGGGCUGAACUACCACAAACGUUGUGCAUUCAGCAUCCCCAAUAACUGCAGUGGAGCUCGGAAGAGACGCCUAUCUACCACCUCACUCAGUAGCAGUCAGUCCCUGCGUCUCUCCACUUCUGAGUCCGUCUACAGUGUGGGGACCACCUCCACCAGCUCAGAAGACACCAGUUUAAUUCGCUCCCACACACAAAUGCCAAGAACUCCUAGUGAGGCACGGCGUUUCUACACGGGGCGACCUGUUCACCUGGACAAGAUCCUGAUGACGAAGGUGAAGGUGCCCCACACGUUUGCAGUUCACUCGUACACACGGCCAACAGUGUGCCAGUACUGCAAGAGACUUCUCAGGGGAUUGUUUAGGCAGGGUCUACAGUGCAAAGAUUGUAAAUUCAACUGUCAUAAACGCUGUGCAUACAAGGUUCCUAAUGACUGCCUUGGUGAGACCAUUGGAGACAACAGAAGUAACUGUGACAUGCUGAGUCCCAGUGCAGACACUGAAGUGCCCAUGGACUUCAGCAGCGAGUAUGACAACUCGGACAAGUCUUCAAUGGAUGACUCAGAUGAGGCCUGUAGUAUCCCUGGGUCAUUCUCUCCAGACAACAACCAGGAUGGAACAGGUGGAGACCAGAGUGCUAAUAUUCCACUGAUGAGGGUGGUUCAGUCAGUGAGGCAAACAACUCGACGUUCCAGCACAGCUAUUAAGGAAGGAUGGAUGGUUCACUACAGUAACAAGGACACUCUGAGGAAGAGGCACUACUGGCGUCUGGACUGUAAGUGCAUCAUCCUGUUCCAGAAUAACACCUCAAACAAAUACUACAAGGAGAUCCCCCUCUCUGAGAUUCUGGAGGUGCGUCCUGCUACCAAUUUUACCCUAGUGCCGCAAGGCACCAAUCCCCACUGCUUUGAGCUCGUUACAGGCACCAUGUGCUACUUUGUUGGGGAGGACCCCAAUACCCUUCCACCCCUGUCCACCAGCAACCCCCAGACCCUUCCCCAGACCCCCCCGUCACCCAGUAUGGUGCAACCCAACAGUGGUAUUGGGCGGGAGGUGGCAAACGCGUGGGAGUGUGCCAUUCGCCAGGCACUCAUGCCAGUCAUCUUUCAGGAUGCGCCUCCGGCUGAGGGAAACACUCCACACAGACAAGCUUCUAUCAGCAUUUCCGUGUCCAAUAGUCAAAUCCAGGAAAAUGUGGACAUUGGUACAGUAUACCAGAUUUUUGCUGAUGAAGUGCUUGGAUCUGGGCAGUUUGGAAUAGUUUAUGGAGGAAAGCACCGAAAGACAGGAAGGGACGUUGCUGUAAAGGUAAUUGACAAACUUCGAUUUCCAACCAAGCAAGAGAGUCAGCUGAGAAACGAAGUGGCCAUUUUGCAAAGUUUGCGUCACCUGGGGAUCGUUAACCUGGAGUGCAUGUUUGAAACCCCAGAGAAAGUAUUUGUGGUGAUGGAGAAGCUGCAUGGUGACAUGCUAGAGAUGAUCCUUUCCAGCGAAAAGGGAAGGCUACCUGAGAGGUUAACUAAAUUCCUCAUAACACAGAUUCUUGCAGCUCUCAGACAUCUUCACUUCAAGAAUAUUGUUCACUGUGACCUAAAACCUGAAAACGUGCUCCUGGCCUCAGCUGAUCCAUUCCCACAGGUGAAGCUGUGUGAUUUUGGUUUUGCACGCAUCAUUGGCGAAAAGUCUUUCCGUCGUUCUGUGGUGGGUACACCUGCCUACCUGGCUCCAGAGGUUCUGCUGAACCAGGGCUACAACCGCUCACUGGAUAUGUGGUCAGUUGGCGUCAUCAUGUACGUCAGCCUUAGUGGCACCUUCCCCUUCAAUGAGGAUGAGGAUAUCAAUGACCAGAUUCAGAACGCCGCCUUCAUGUACCCAGCCAAUCCCUGGAACCAGAUCUCCAAAGAUGCUAUUGACUUGAUCAACAACCUGCUGCAAGUCAAGAUGAGGAAACGCUACAGCGUUGACAAAAGUCUUAGUCAUUCUUAUUUACAGGACUAUCAGACGUGGCUGGAUCUACGGGAGCUGGAAACCAAACUGGGUGAGCGCUACAUCACCCAUGAGAGCGACGACAGCCGUUGGCAAAUGUAUGCCCAGCAGCACAAUCUGCCGUACCCCUCUAACUUUGUUCCUCUUCCUCCUACAACCGCAUCUGAUGAUGAGGAUGGAGGGGAGGACUCCGAUAUGAAAGGCCUAACCGAGAGAGUCAGCAUCCUCUGACCGCUGAGGAAGAAUAUGACUAUUUCCUUUUUGAAGAAGAUUGUGCAGUUUGUCUGGAAUGUGAAAAGACAUGGAGCUGAAGUGAAAAUAUGUUUCAAUCAAAAACACUGCCCUCCUGUAUAAACCUCAGAACCAGUUCCAGUCAGUUUUACUGCACUAAAUUCAAUUUCUCUUUCUCCAGCCUGGGAGUCCAUAGAACCGCUGACCAUUAACCUCCACUUUUAUUGGUUGUCUCUCUUCCUUUGAAUGGUUGUGAUAUUUUUAUCUGUAAGGCUGCUCACUUUCCUUUCAAAUGUCAUUUUAUUUACCUUCCAAGGUUAAUAGAAACUAUUAAAUUUCCCACAUAACUAAAAGGCAGGGGGAUCUUAUCCACAGCAAUGUGCAUCAAAGACUGCAGGAAAAGGCCAUGCUCCACAAACUGAAAUUAAAAAUGCUGUUCAUUUUCCCUCCAUAUAGUUAAGUACAAAUGAAAACGUCUGCUUAGAAUUGCAGAAGUCUAAUAUACGAGAUCAAAUGUAGCCUUAGUAUUCUCACUAUGUCUUUAUGAGUCAUCGGUUUAUAACAAAACAAAAAGAAUAAAAUUUAUUUCUCAAAGCCUGUAUCAGGAUGAACCCUUAAACGUUUGGAGCAUUGAUCGACAGAAUGUACCAUUUACAGUAAUUGCCACCACUUGAGACUAUAAUAGAUUAUGUAAAAUAACUUUUUCUAAUUGUAGUCGGUAUGUUGGGUUUAAAUGCUCGCUCUGAACUGGGCUUUAUUACCAGAUCGUUUUUCUCUCUCUAAUAUCCUCUAGAUUCCAGCUUAUGUCUGAAUAGUAGACUGUGUGGUGAAAAUUGCUUCUAUUAUGUUGGAACUAAUGCCCAACAAUCCCGAAAAUAAAGCAGGUCAAUGAAUAAAGAUUAUAGCACAUCUUAACAGCUGAUAGCGUUACUUUGUUAAUAAUUAGCAGGUUAGUGGGAACAUCUUCACCAGAGACUGACAUCAUCACAACCUUAAAUGUCAGUGGGUUUUGUUAGGAUCUUACAUAACAGACCGACACCUUGUAAUGCAUAACAUUUAAGUGGACAGAAAAAAAAAAUUAUAGUAUUGGACUAUUUUUUUAAAUAAAGACAACAUUUUUCCAUAUAUUUGUAUCUAGCUCUUUUACUCAGGUUCCUCUGACUAAAACAAAUGGCAUUGCCAUCAGAGGUCACCUAACUAGUAAACAAAGUGAAGGCUUAAAGUAAACAAACAUCACAAUGAAGACAAAACCACAACAGAGAAAAAAGGCUUUGAAGAGAACGUCUCUUAAUUUACACUUAUCUAUAGAAAGACAGAAAUAGCCCAACUCACAACAAAAAAAUAUAUGUCAGUUUACCCAAAAUUACUUAAUAUAUACUUAUAAUGACAAUAAAUUUUGUCUAAGUCUAAUAGAAGCAGCCAUUAUCCCCAUGGUUACUCUAGAGGAGCUACAGAGAUCUACAGUAGUAGAAAUUAAGCCACUGGGGAGAGGUAGAGCAUCUAUUAAAAGAUCUAUAAAAAGUCCACUCUAAAAACAAAACAUUUUGUGGUGUAUGGAAGACUAACUUCCCUCCAUAUUAUUGAAAAUUAAAUUAUAUAAAUUGCAGCUGCUUUGAAGGUGCUUUCUACAAGACAGCCUUCAAAUUCUAAAGCCAUCUAUUACGUUCACUCCUUCCAAAUACUGACUAUUUUUGAUUGGCUAUUACAUAACAUAUCACUACAAAUACACUUUCAAAGUGAUAUGAGAAACCAAAAAAGUCGAUGGUUGAUAUUGCAAAUCAGUGGAAGUACAAGUAGGGUCAGAAUAGCUUAGCAAACUAGAACUAACGUGUAUGUAGUUUAACUGUUGACCACCUUCUCAAUAUGUUGCAUGUUUAUUUUUGUGAAGUAUAGUUAUCUUGCUAUUUCUUUUGGAGAUGCUGUUGUUAUGACGGACUGCUAUGAAUUAUACGUAACCUGAACUUUACAUAGAUGUCAAAUAUGUGUAGAUCCUGUACAUGCUGUUUAAAUGAGGCUCCUGGUCUUUAUAUCGAAUAAAGCAGACUUGACAUGGUUCUGUUUGUUCUAAAUAUGUUAAUAAAGCGUUUACAUAUCCAUGUGUGAGUUAAUUGUUAAUUGCG